UGCAGCCCGGCUGAGAGCCCGGCUGAGUGCUCAGUCAGCGCUCCUCCCGUGCUGGUGAUCCCCAACACACCGCUACCCACCGCUCCUCCUCACACACACACACAAACACACACACACACACACACACACACUCAUGAGUGCGCGUUGCGUCUGUGCGCAACACCGGCUGCUGCAACCUGCCGACUUCACCUGAACCAGCAAAGCGGGGAACAGAACCACUUAACAAUGCGUGCAUAUUGCAUUAUGCGAUACCGAAGGUUAUUACUACUUUUGCGCUCUUUUAGGAGGUAACAGGGGAGGUGUAAGCGUGCAUGCCAUCACCAUGGAUUGCCUUUUUCUUCUGAUAUGGACUUUACCCAUCCCGCUGGUCGGCUGCACCUCAGUCAAGCUCCUGUCCACCCUUUUAUCCUGGAAUAUCAUCAAGACGCUGCACAUUUACUGCUCCCACACCGUUACAGCCAGCUAUUCAUCCAGCGACAGCCACGGAUUAAAUCACGCCCGUGUGUCCAGGCGCAGCCAUCGCAGCAGGAGGUCCCUCUCUUCUUCUCUGCACUACCGGCUCUCGGCCUUCGGGCAGGACAUGCACCUGGACCUGCAUCCGUCCUCUGUGGUCGGCCCCGGGUUCACCGUGCAGACGCUCGGCUCGGAUGGCAUCGCCACGGUGACGCGUGAUGUAGGGUUUCACAACUGCCUGUAUCAGGGUUUUAUCCGUAACCUGUCGGCCUCCUCGGCAGCCAUAUCGACGUGUUCUGGACUGUCAGGUUUGAUCCGUGUGUCCCAGGAGGAGUAUUUGAUUGCCCCGCUACCCCAACAUCUGGCUACACAACACAACUACAGCACCCCUGAUGGUCACCACCCGCAUGUAGUCUACAAACGCUCAGCGGAACACAUUGUCCACAGAAGAUCUAGCACCGGUUCUUCCACAACUGGCAACCCGCACCUUCAUCAUCAUCAUCAGCAGCAGCAGCAUCACCACCAUGACUACCAGCAUGGAAAGCUGCAGAGGCAACACUUCUGCGGACGCCGCAAGCAAUACGCUCCCAAGCCUCCUGCUGAGGACAGUUUCAUCAUGCCUGACGAGUUUGCGAUACCCGAGGCAGAAGGGCCAGGAAGGGCAAAGAGAUCGCCCAUCAACUCCAACAGGGUGGGGGGUCUGAAUGUGGAGACCCUGGUGGUGGCAGACAGGAAGAUGCUGGAGAAACAUGGCAGGGACAACGUCACCACCUACGUCCUCACCGUCAUGAAUAUGGUUUCCAGUCUAUUCAAAGAUGGCACCAUUGGGACGGACAUCAACAUAGUGGUGGUUAGCUUGUUACUCCUUGAACAAGAGCCGCUUGGCUUGACCAUCAAUCACCAUGCUGACCAGUCCCUCAACAGUUUCUGUCAGUGGCAGUCAGGUCUGGUGGGAAAAGGUGGUAAACGGCAUGACCACGCUGUUCUCCUCACCGGAUUGGACAUCUGUUCCUGGAAAAAUGAGCCCUGUGACACCCUGGGCUUUGCCCCCAUCAGUGGGAUGUGCAGCAAGUACAGGAGUUGUACCAUCAAUGAGGAUACAGGACUGGGCUUGGCCUUCACCAUCGCUCACGAGUCUGGGCACAAUUUUGGGAUGAUCCAUGAUGGUGAAGGGAACCCUUGUCGCAAGACAGAAGGCAACAUUAUGUCUCCCACUCUGGCUGGAAACAACGGAGUCUUCUUCUGGUCCACCUGCAGUCGACAGUACCUGAGCCGCUUCCUUGGAACAGCCCAGGCAUCCUGUCUGGUGGACGAGCCCAAGCAGAUCGGUCAGUACAAGUACCCUGAACAGCUUCCCGGGCAGCUGUACAACGCAGACACGCAGUGCAAGUGGCAGUUUGGCUCCAAGGCCAAACUGUGCAGCCUGGAUUUUGUCAAGGACAUCUGCAAGUCGCUGUGGUGUCAUCGCACAGGGCACCGGUGCGAGACCAAGUUCAUGCCUGCUGCAGAAGGCACCAGCUGCGGUCCUGACAUGUGGUGUCGGAGGGGUCAGUGUGUUAAAUACGGGGAGCAUGGUCCAAGGGCGGUCCAUGGCCAGUGGUCAGCCUGGUCUCAGUGGUCUGACUGCUCCAGAACCUGUGGAGGAGGGGUCAUGUACAGGGAGCGCUCCUGCACCAGUCCAAGGCCACAGAACAACGGUAAAUUUUGUUCCGGCUCCAGCCGUCUCAACCAGCUGUGUAACUCUCGGCCCUGCCCUAUCAACGCUGUGGACUUCCGGGCCCAGCAGUGCGCUGAGUACAACAGCAAGCCCUUCAGGGGCUGGUACUACAAGUGGAAGCCCUACACCAAAGUGGAUGAUGAAGACAUCUGUAAGCUGUACUGCAUUGCAGAAGACUUUGACUUCUUCUUCGCCAUGUCCAGCAAAGUCAAAGACGGCACCUCCUGCUCUGACCACAAAGGAGAUGUCUGCAUUGAUGGAGUGUGUGAGGCAGUAGGCUGUGACCAGAUUCUGGGCUCCAAGGCCUCUCUGGACGCCUGCGGAGCCUGUAAGGGAGACAACUCCACUUGCAAGUUCUUUAAAGGCCAAUACACCCUUCAACACAGAGCCAACGAGUACUACUCCAUGGUAACAGUCCCCGCUGGGGCACGAAGCAUUCACAUUCAGGAAAUGGAGGUCUCCACUAGUUACUUGGCCGCCCGCUCUCUAAAGAGGAACUACUACCUGACCGGGGACUGGACUGUGGACUGGCCGGGGAAGUUCCAUUUUGGUGGGACCGUGUUCGACUACCAGCGCUCUUUCAACAAGCCGGAGAGCCUUUAUGCCGCUGGACCUACUAAUGAGACGCUGGUGUUUGAAAUCCUUCUGCAGGGAAAGAACCCGGGUGUGGUGUGGGAGUACACCCUGCCUCGCACUGAGAAGAAACCCGACUACAGCUGGGGUGUGGUGCGCUCUGACUGCUCUGCUCCCUGUGCUGGAGGUCGUAUUUCAACCAAGGCUAUCUGUCUGCAGGACCAGAAGGUUCAGGUCAACUCCACCAUGUGCAAUCCCCACACCAGACCGACACUGGGCUCCCAUCUCUGCAACACACAGCCCUGCCCUGCAUACUGGGCGACCGGAGACUGGGGUCACUGCAGUCGCUCCUGUGGAGGAGGUCAGCAGACCAGGACCCUGCGCUGCCUGAGGAAGGUGACCUAUCAGAGGGAAGAGGCGGUGGUGCACUCCUUCUGCCCCGUCAUCUCUCCGGCCCAGGUCCAGCCCUGCCACACCCAGGCCUGCCCGCCCGAGUGGAGCACCGGAUCCUGGUCACAGUGCUCCAAGACCUGUGGCCGUGGCCUGAGGAAGCGGAGCGUGUUUUGCCGCAGCACUGAUCCUGGGGCCAAAGCGGUGGUGGUGCCCGACAGCAUGUGCAGACAGCACCACAGACCCAAAGCCCAGGAGACCUGCGUCCUGCGGCGCUGCCCCAAGAACGAAAGGCUGCAGUGGAUCCCUACUCCCUGGGGAGAGUGCUCCAGUUCUUGUGGCUCAGGCAUCCAGAAAAGAGAGCUUCGCUGCGGGGAGAGAGACUCAACGGGAGGGUAUGUGGAGUUCCCCAUACGUAGGUGCAGGAACGUGGCUAAACCUCUGGUGGAUCUCCAGCAGGGCUGCAACCGAGGUCCGUGCCCAGAGCUCCCUCGGGUCGUCCCUGGCAGAACCAGCUCCAGUGCUGCGGUCUUGGGCUGGUACUCAUCUCCCUGGCAGCAGUGCUCUGUGUCCUGUGGGGGAGGAGUCCAGACUCGGUCCAUCCAGUGUCUCCGGCAGGGUCGCCCCGCAGCUGGCUGCCUGCCCCACCAGAGGCCUGUCACUUCUAGGGCGUGCAACACACACUUCUGCCCCGCUGCUCCCCCGGCUCCGGCACAACGCCCCAGCCGGGUCGCAGCUGCUGGACCAACACUGAAAGAUGAACAAUGCAUCGACCAUUUCAGCUGGUGUCACUUGGUUCCCCAGCACGGCGUUUGUAACCACAAGUUCUAUGGACAGCAGUGCUGCAAGUCCUGCUCCAGCAAGAGGCAAUAGAGCACUGAUACCUCUGAGUCUGUGGCUCUGGGGCCUCUGAGGGACACAACACCAUAAAGGCAGUUUGGGGGCCAUUACUCACAACACACAGAACUGCGCUCGACGUGUUUUCUUCCUGGAGUACUUGACUAAAGAGUUUUGAAAAGAAGUAUUAAAAAAAGAGAGAGAGAAACAAUGGACUCUUUUUCAUUAAAGAAGGCAGUGUGGUCAAGCGGUCAAGUCAUCACGUCACGGAUCACAUUGGAACUGGAAAGACAAUGCAAAUCACAGAGCAUCUGAAGACUUGUUGUUGUUAUAUAUAUAUAUAUAUAUAUAUAUAUAUAUAUAUAUAUAUAUAUGUGUGUGUGUAUUGUCGUUUUGUCGAGUGUUUUCCUUCUGAAACCUCUAAAGCUACAAGCCAUCACGAGAACAGGAAAGGACAGUAGCGUUUUAGCUUGCUUAUAUGUUGUAUUUUUAAAGGCGUCUGGUUUGCAUACGCCUUUAUUUAAGUUAUUAUGGUUGGUAAUAUAUGAUUUUACAUUUUGUGAGGUGUACAGUGGAUCUGUGAGAUGUUAUUUCUAUGUUUUUUGGGUAUAUCAUAGGACUGUGCCAGUCACCCUUGGAUCCACGUUAUGAGAUUUUAUAUGAGGCAUUAGUAAUCAGUGGUCAGAUGCCUUCUGCACUUCCUCCUUCACACACACUCUCUCCGCUUGUUAUGUUUACUGCUGCUGAAUCAUUUGGAAUGAGUCACGUUAACGCUAUGAAAACAUGCCUAUCUGUGUACAUAAAACAUUUUAUCCAGUCACGUUGUAAGUGGUCGCUCUCCUGUACGAUUAUGGUUAAUACAACUUGAUCAUCUUA